AUGGGUCAUGCUACUAUAGUACAAAUGGAACAUAUUAAAUUACCACCCAACCAAAAGUCUUAUGUUAUAAAUAUAACAGCUUCAAUUGACAUGAUACCCGAUUCCUUUGUGUAUGUAUAUUACGUUCACAAAAACAAUUUACGUUAUGAAGAACUGCAGUUAAAUUUCCCUCAUGAAUUUGAAAAUCAGAUCACACUGUCAGCACCCAAACAAGUUAAGCCGGGCGAAGAUGUUACAAUUUCUAUUAAUGCCCAACCAAAGUCGUAUGUCAGUAUAUUGGCGGUGGACUUGGGGGUAUCUGUUAUAGAUAAAACAUAUGAUUUAAAUAAAGAUGAAAUAAUAAAAGAUUUGGUAAGUGUAAGGUCAUAUUCGCCAAAAGCGGCAACAGUUUAUCCGGGAAUAAUAUCAGGUCUUGUGACUUUAACUAAUGCUCAUUAUUAUUAUCAACGUUUAAGUGAUGGGAGCCAUGGAAAAAAUUUUGUUCACACGACACAUAAAUACCGUGAAAAUUUUUCCGAAACGUGGAUAUUUGAAGAUAUAGUAAUUAACGAAACAAACACCAAAUUAACUCUACCAAUACCCGAUGCUAUAACAACUUGGCGAGUAACUGCAUUUUCAAAUAAUAACGUAACAGGAUUCGGUAUAGUAGAUGGACCCACCGACAUCACAACUAUCCAAUCCUUUUUCAUAACAUUAAAUCUACCAUACUCAGUUAAACGUGGUGAAAUUGUCACAAUACCCAUAACAAUAUUCAAUUAUUCUAAUCAGACUCUAGAAACUGAAGUAGUUCUACACAAUAACGAUCAAGAAUUCCAUUUUAUGGAAUCGGAUAAACAAGAUGUCAUAAAUUCCAACAAGAGCCAACAUAAAAUUGAGCGUAUUAAUGUACCGAAAGAUAAGGCCAAAACUGUUAAUAUUCUAAUAUAUCCAGCUAAAGUGGGUGAUGUGAAUUUAAAGGCUACUGCCUCAAGUUCUUUGUACAAUGAUGCCGUUGUGCAGAAACUUAAAGUGGAACCGGAAGGAGUGCCUAAACAAAAAAAUCAGGCUAAAUAUUUAAGUAUUCCGGCGGGUGAAAAAAUUGCAUCAUCAUUUAGUAUUGCAGAAACGGUGGAUAGUGUACCCGAUUCAGACUAUUUUACUUUCUCUGUGGGAGGUCAUUAUUUAGUGCCAACAGUAGAGAAUUUCGACGAUCUAAUACAAAUGCCAACAGGUUGUGGUGAGCAAAAUAUGGUGAAUUUAGCACCUAGUAUCUUAAUUUUGCAAUAUCUGAAAGCGAAUGGUAAAUUUUCUAAAGAGAAAGCAUUGGUGGAAAAUUUACUUUCAUCUCUUGAGGUAAGCUAUCAACAGCAGUUGUCAUUUCGUCAUGAUAAUGGUGGCUACAGCGUUUUUGGUGUGUCAACCGAUGAGGAGCCAAGUACUUGGCUUACCGCCUAUGUGGUGCGUUACUUUAUAAAAGCUUCACAAUUUCUAUCAAUCGAGGAGAAAGUAAUUAAAACUGCUUUGGAAUAUUUAGCCGGUGAACAGAAAUCAAAUGGAGAAUUUCCUUACACGGGUUAUUUACUAAAUACAAAACAUCAAAAUGAAUAUGGUAUUACAGCCUUUAUACUUUUAGCCUUUCUAGAGAGUGAAAAAUAUGCCAUGCAAUAUGAAGAGACCAUACAAAAAGGAAUAGAAUUCUUAAAUACAAAUUUAAAUAACACCAACGAUUUGUAUGUCCUGUCCUUAAUGGCGAUUGUUUUAAAACGUACUAAUAAUCAUAAUGCUAAUAUUCUUAUAAAUCAACUAAAACCACUAGCCAAAGAAAAUAAUGAACUCAAGUGGUGGUCGGAAAAUGAUCAAAAUUUAGCUAAUGAUAUUGAAAUUACAGCAUAUGCUGCAUUAACUCUACUAGAAACCGCGGGAGAUCACACUUCUAUCUUAAAAUGGCUAAUACAACAACGAAAUGCUAAUGGAGGUUUUACCUCUUCAUACGAUACCGUAGCGGGCAUGGAGGCUUUGGUGAAAUUUUCCGAAACUUACAAAAAUCAUGAAAAUAUAAAUUUACUAAUUACCUACAGCGCCAAAGAUAAAAAUGGCUUUGAAGUGGCUGCAGAUAAAUUCUAUGUGGAUUCAAAUAAUAUUUUGGACUUUCAAAAGCAUGAGCUACCAACAAACACACGCCUUAUUUCAUUCGAAAUCGAGGGCAAAGGCGCCAUUUUGUUGCAACUCAACCAUCAAUACAAUACAAUCGCUAAAGCUCAGGAAUAUCGCCAUUUUGAUAUACAACCAAAGCCAGUAUUUAAAAAUGUUGAUGAAUUAAAUUUAGAGAUUUGUUUUACUUAUCAAACGAAUACCGAACCACUUAACGAUAUCAGCAAUAUGGUGAUAAUGGAAGCAAAUUUACCUUCGGGUUUUCGAUCUGAGGCAGAAAAUAGUGCGACUUUAAAGAACAACAAUAUUGUGCAGUUAAUUGAAAUGAAAAAUUCCGACUCAACAGUUAUUUUAUAUUUGGAGAAAUUGGAGGGAAACGUUACACAUUGCCUUGAAAUUCCAGCAUAUAAAAUAAAUGAAAUUUUAAUGCCAAAACCGGCUGCCAUUAUAAUGUAUGAUUAUUAUAAUUUGAGUCGUUCAAAUAUCGAAUUUUAUAGUAUAUAGAA